CGGAUGCACCAUCUGCUGGAGGCCAGCUUCAUGUUUUUUCUCUCUUAGGGGUGGUGGCCGCUGUUUUGCUUCACAGCUUCCAGAUCAGCCUACGAAAGCAUGGGAAUGUUGCGAGGGAAUUUCUAAGUGAACUUGUGUUUAAGUGAUUGAUAAGUUACUGUAAGUCCACCACAAGUUGUUCCUAAACCCCAGGCGCUCCGUCGGCCCGUCGAAAGGCGUUUAUUGAAGCGCUUAUUGGGACGUUUCCACAGCGAGCUUUCCCGGACAAAGGAAGGGAGACUUGUGAGCUAACCUGAGCUAGCUAGCUCCUCCCGGGCUAACUUAGCAUUCCUCUAGCUGCGGCGCAAUGCAGGCCAUAAAGUGUGUCGUUGUCGGAGACGGUGCUGUGGGUAAGACCUGCCUCCUCAUCAGCUACACCACCAAUGCCUUUCCUGGAGAGUACAUCCCCACUGUCUUUGACAACUACUCUGCCAAUGUUAUGGUCGAUGGGAAACCCGUGAACCUGGGCCUUUGGGAUACAGCAGGACAAGAAGACUAUGACAGACUCCGCCCACUCUCCUACCCACAGACGGAUGUGUUCCUCAUCUGCUUUUCACUCGUGAGUCCUGCCUCGUUUGAAAACGUCCGAGCCAAGUGGUACCCUGAGGUGAGACACCAUUGUCCCAACACUCCCAUAAUCCUGGUGGGCACCAAGCUGGAUUUAAGAGAUGACAAGGACACAAUAGAGAAGCUGAGGGAGAAGAAACUCUCGCCAAUCACAUAUCCUCAAGGACUAGCGAUGGCUAAGGAGAUAGGUUCUGUCAAGUACCUGGAGUGCUCAGCCCUGACUCAGCGUGGCCUUAAAACCGUGUUCGACGAGGCCAUCCGGGCCGUCCUCUGCCCUCAGCCCGUAAAGAAGAAGCGCAAGAAGUGCACUCUCCUCUAAGACUCCCUCUGCUGGCACGCUGACAGGGGAACAUAACCGGUAGUGGUGAGGGUGGCUAAAGAAACAUGCAGGAGAAACACACCAGUAUACACCAGAAAACAAUGUACUUCAGAUUGUCUCCUUCCAUUAGUGUAGCUACAGCAGUUAUAUCGCUCAUUUCCAUUGAAAAUGUCACAUAGGGUCAGAACAAGGAGAGAGGGUUGUUAGAUUUCAGACCCUUGUCCUUUCCCAACAACACAUACUGUAUAGACAAGUCAAAUGCAAUCCUCGAGGCCUUCUAAAAUAGAUUGGAUGUUUUUGUAAAAAAAAAAAAAAAAAGGACCGUGGAAUGUUUCAAUUUGUUCUUCCACUGGUUGUUGAUCUCUUUUUUUUGUUUUGUUUACAGUCUUGUUUGUUCUUUUAAUGGAAGAAAUAUUGCCAAAUACGUUCUGCAGACGUGCUGUAAUUAAGCAGGAAAAGAUAAGUUUCGUUUCUUUUGUCUUGAACCUUCAAAAUACAGCCGACAGUUUGCUGUUGUGUGCUGCUUUAUUUCUUCAGCUCCACAAUCUCAGCAAUUUUUAAAAUGAAUUUUCACUUUCCUUUUGCGAGGGCUGUCGUGUGUCAUCGCACUGUCAACAAGGAACUCAAAGCAACCAUCUGUGAAGCUCUUUGUUUUCGCCCUGGAUUAGUUUUUUUUUUCACUCAGUUUGCUUUCAGUCCAAGCACAUGAUUCCUAACUCUCCAUUCUUGUGGAGUGAUUGACAACUGGGAUGUGCUGAAAAAUGUAGACUGGGAACAGAUCUUUGGACACCAACAGUGCUAUUAAUUACCCCCAAUGAAUCGAAAUGAUCCCAGUAUUUUAUGUGUUUGGCUUCAACCUGUCAGGUUCACGGUAUUUUAUUUUUCUUUCCCCCGAAGUGUCUCAACUGUGUGGCUGCCCCGGUGUGCAGAAAACUUUAUUAGAUAUCAGAUUAGAACUGUUUAGGUGGUGGGGAACAAGAGCACCUUUAAUGCUCUGUGGGCAUUUAUCAACAACCUUUUGUGCAGCACAUUUAGAUUUCUAACAGCAUCACUACUGGCUAAGCAAUGUCUCUUAAAAAAAAAAAGAGCAUUUACACCAGCUUGUAAGAGAGCUACUGUCGGUUCUGGUGUAGUAUACAGUGUACUCAUCUUUUUGUUAUAAUCUUGUGAUUUGACUAUUUUGUAUUUUUUCUUCACAGAAGUUCCACUUCGCUCACUGUAUUGUUAACUAACACUAUGAAUAUCCUUUGUUUAUUACCUCUACAGUUAACGCUACCUUAAUCUCCAUACAAGCCUAGCUUUUGUAAUUAAUGCUGAUAGCAUGUAUGUGCAACAUAUACUGAAAACUAAGAAUAGAAUGCUACAGUUAUAUUUUUUGCCUAUUUACAAAAUGUAUUUGAACUACUAGAUCAGGGGGUUAAGUACAUGUUGCUCAUCUGUAAUGUAUUCAGACAUCAAGCUGUGCUUUAAUUCAAGCCAAUGUUGUGACUCUUUAGUUUUAUGGAUGAAAGCUGUUGUCACUUUUUGAAAAAGCCAAUAAAAUCAAGUAAAACAGA